CAAUUAGGGGUAAAGUGUAGUCACAUGGUCACCAGCUAUAAAUAAAAUCACAGAAUUUGUUCAGAUGCCCCAGUCGUUUGCAAACAUGAUACGUUUUGCUUUGGCUGCUCUACUUGUCGCAACCGUCUAUGGUUGUGGCACCCCUGCCUACCAACCUAUACUGUCGAGGGUGGUUGGGGGUGUAGAUGCAAGACCUCACAGCUGGCCAUGGCAGAUUUCUCUCCAAGUUGCUAGGGGAGAUAGCUGGUUCCACACUUGUGGAGGAACUUUAAUUGAUCAGCAAUGGGUUAUGACAGCUGCGCAUUGCAUUAGCAAGAAGAAUACCUAUAGAGUGGCUCUUGGCAAACAGGUCCUUUCAGCCAAUGAGCCAGGGUCUGUUUUUGCUGCCGUUGAGAAGACCAUCCGCCAUGAAAAGUUCAGCAUGAUCUUCGCUGCCAAUGGAUACGAUAUUGCUCUCGUCAAACUUGCAGUACCGGUUGUUUUAGAUGACAAAAUUGAGUUGGGAUGUAUUCCCCCUCCAGGGACUCUUCUACCCAAUAACUACAGCUGCUAUAUCACUGGCUGGGGCCUCUUAAAGGCUGGCGGUUCUGUCUCUGACAUCCUGCAACAAGCCCUUCUCCUUGUCGUGGAUCAUGCCACUUGCUCUCUGCCUGACUGGUGGGGGGGGAUAGCAAAGGAGUCAAUGGUGUGUGCCGGUGGUGAUGGAGUGGUCUCAGGAUGCAAUGGAGACUCUGGUGGGCCCUUGAACUGCCAGAAUGAUAAUGGAACCUGGGAAGUGCACGGCAUCGUCAGCUUUGGGUCUGCUUUCUGCAGCCACAAGAAGAAGCCAACCGUCUUUACGCGGGUGUCUGCCUACAAUGACUGGCUUACUGAGAAAAUGAUGAACAACUAAAGGGAACCACAUUGAAGCUCUGGAAGAUUAUAAACUGAAUGCAAUUCAUAAAAUAAAUUUAUUCUUAAACAA